GAGCACUCCGAGGGGGGACGGCGGCCACUGUCGGGUGCGCCGUCCCGGCCACCUGCACGAAGCGGCGCGGCGGUGCGGGCGGGCGCCGGGCGGUGUUUCGUCCUUCGCCCGCCCCCCCUGCGAGGCGCGGCGCGGUGACGCGGCCCCGGGUCAGGGCUGAGGCGCGGCGGCACCGUGAGGCGCUGUCAGAGCCGCGCUGAGAGGGUCCGCCCAGCUCCGCACCGGGAUCCGCCGCCGCCGCUGACAUGGAGCCCCAUCGCUGGCUGCCCCUGGAGGCCAACCCCGACGUCACGAAUCAGUUCCUGAAACAGUUGGGUAUACAUCCUGACUGGCAAUUUGUAGAUGUUUAUGGUAUGGAACCAGAACUGCUUAGCAUGGUGCCAAGACCUGUAUGUGCAGUACUACUUCUCUUUCCAAUAACAGAAAAGUAUGAAACCUUCAGAACUGAAGAAGAAGAGAGGAUAAAAGCUAAGGGACAAGAUGUCAAAUCAUCAGUGUAUUUCAUGAAGCAGACCAUUAACAAUGCUUGUGGGACAAUUGGGCUAAUUCAUGCUAUUGCAAACAACAGAGAUAAAAUGAACUUUGAAACUAAUUCUUCACUGAAAAAGUUCCUAGAAGAUUCAUUAUCUAUGACUCCUGAAGAGAGGGCCAAAUACCUAGAAACUUAUGAAGCUAUUCGUGUCACUCAUGAGUCCAGUGCCCAUGAAGGUCAGACUGAGGCACCAAGUAUAGAUGAAAAAGUAGAUCUUCACUUUAUUGCAUUAGUUAAUGUAGGUGGUCAUCUCUAUGAAUUGGAUGGGCGCAAGCCAUUUCCAAUAAACCAUGGGGAAACCAGCGAUGACUCUUUUUUAGAGGAUGCAAUAGAAGUUUGUAAGAAAUUCAUGGAACGUGACCCAGAAGAAUUAAGAUUCAAUGCAAUUGCACUGUCUGCAGCUUAAAAGCCUUUUCCUGUGAGGCAACUCUAUUGCAAUGUAUUGUAAGAAUAAAACUGUUGCCAUAUGUUAAUAGUACAAAUUUUGAUACUUCCCUAACAUCUUGACUAAUUGUAGCAUACGUGGAAUAAACUUUGCAUUUGUCCUUGCUAUAUUUUGCUGCUUGUUCCUACAGCAACUUUGGGUAUUUCUAUACAGGCAUGCAUUUUGUGCAAGAUUUUUAUGUGAUGGGUUUUUUCCCUUCCACCCCCUUAAAAGUUUUAGGACUUACUGUCUGUGAUAUUUCCUUGUAAUAAUGAUGAGCUGCUUCAGAGCAGGAUUAUCAUUUGUAUCAUGCACAGGUAACAUUCUGAGUGGAGUAUGGUGAUAUGGCUGAAAACUUGGAGUUUGAGGCUAUCUCCAUCUUUUAUUAAUAAUGGUGCAAGAAUACUAUUAGAACUUCUUCAGGUGACUCAAGUGAAAGAAACAUUUUUUCAGUGCAUUAUUUUUAAAUAAAUGUGUGGAAGAAAAUAGGCAGAAAAAGGACUAUUCUUACUGUUGGUGAGCACUAACAUUUUAAAAUUAUCUUAAUGUUUACAUUUUGAAUAAAAUUUCACUUUGUUCCUCAAGUCUAAUAAUGUUAAUAAAUUGUCAAAAAACUUUAGUUAAACCAAUGUUUGCUAUUUAUAUUAUAUGUGGAAAAAUGACACGGGUUUUCCCCCCCGAAAAGGCACAUUAAGAAAUUCAAAUGGUAGGACUGUGGAGGGCACACACAGAUGAAUACAGCAAUGUGAAGUACCUCACCUAACUGAAAUAAAUGAUAGAAAAGUGAUGAUUGUUGUAAUGAAGUUUUGUUUAGCAACAACAAACAGACUGGAGAUUUUAAGGCAGCCAUGAUAAUCAUAUACUUUUCUCUCCUCUUGGAAUAUCUAUCUAAGUUUGUCAGGUGGCAUUACUGAAUGCUAUCUGAUAGCCUUCCCCUGUGCCAAUCCCUCCCACUCCACCCACUGAUCUUAAGGUACUGUUGACCAAUUUCUAUACCUGAAUCAGUAACAUUGUGGUUGUUUUGAGUUUGAUCUUCUUGUUUGGUUUUGGGUUUGGGUUUGGUUUUUUAGCUAAGCAAUCUUAACACUUUAGGAUUCUUGUGAAGAUUGGUUUGGGUUAAUGUGUGUGGUUUUGACAUUCCAGAAAAAUAUUCCUUAUUCACUCCUUUGAAGUGGAAUAAUUUAGGUUUGCUUCCAAUCAAACCCACUGCCAAAGGAAACUGAACCCUCCACAUCCCAGAGGGUGCUUUCAUUCUCUAUCAAUUGUCAUUGCAGGAAAAAUGAAUGGGGUUAUGCCAGAAGCACUCUGGCAGAGUUUUCCUUCUUUAUAGAAAAGAAAGAGGCCUGGGAGUCUGUCUUAUCACUUAAGAACAUCUCUUGCACUCUAAAGAAAAAGUUGGCAUGUCUGUCUAAAACAUGUCACCUGGAGAGUCCAGUAACAGCAACAGUCUGUUUUCUAUAAGUGAGCUGCUUGGAAAAGCAAAGGAGAAGAAUAACACUAAUGAGCUUCUAUUUUUGAAGCUUUUGCUUUUCCACCCCAAUAAAAUGCAGUAUCAUUAAGACUUGGUUUAUGUUGUCAUGCUCAUUAGUGAAGGCCUGAAACUUGCUUUUAAAUAAAAAUCAGAGGCUUUAGUAACCAAA